AUGAUGACUUACCUCUGGCAUGGAAUGGAAGAAAAAUGGGGCUUGGAGAUGCUGAGUUGUGCGGAAUUGCUUGAUAUUGCUGAUAUGCUUAGUGCGACUGGUCUGCUGUUCCUCCUCAUCCACCUUCCUGGCGACGACGCAGUGACGAACGCACAUCUCCAGUACAACGCCGAACGGUCACCACAAGAAAUCAAUCUUGUUGCUCUUCUGAUCUCCACACCUUCAGACGCGAGUAUGCAGGCCGCCUUCUUCGCUUGCUCCUGGAACUCUGCCAGUCAGGAUGUGCAUUGUCCAGUAUCAACAGAUGAAGUGGAUGUCUCGAACUGUCUUGGACUGCGUGAGAAGCUUGGAAGAGGCCUGACAGUGACCGACGUACUUGUCAAUGAUGGAGCCAACAAGGAUCAGGUAUAUCUUGAGCUGUCUUGGGCUGCCGUAUAUCCAGGAUAUCGUCAUGUUCAGCAUGUCGCGUUGGUUCUCCUCAAGCUCUGUAUCGAGCGUAAGCUGCGUCAUUCCGAUGAUGCCUUUCAUUGGACUCAUUCCGCGUUGGUUCCGGUUCUGUUCAAGCUCUGUGUCGAGCGUAAGUUGCGUCAUUCCGAUGAUGCCUUUCAUUGGACUCAUUCCGCGUUGGUUCCGGUUCUGUUCAAGCUCUGUGUCGAGCGUAAGUUGCGUCAUUCCGAUGAUGCCUUCCAUUGGACCAAGUCCAAAUUGAGAAGCCGGACGGCGGCGGCCUUGAUUUUCCACCCAGCAGAUAUCCGCUUGCUUGGCGAUGAUGGAUCCAAUAAGGAUGUGCGGGAUCAGAAGGCGAGGUGA